AUGCCUCGCCAACGCUCCGCCGGCCGCCCCAGCGCCCCCUCGCGCCCUACCGUCUCGGCCGCGAAGCCCGCUCCCACCCAGACUCGCCCGGCAACGACCAUGGCCGCUCCCCCCCAACAGCACGCCGCUCCCCCGGCCGCGGCACCCGCUGCUCCCGCCGCCGCUGCGCCCUCCCAGGGCCCCGGCCUCUUUGGCCAGAUGGCUAGCACCGCUGCCGGCGUCGCAAUCGGCUCCUCCAUCGGCCACGCCAUCGGCGGCAUGUUCGGCGGCGGCUCCUCCGCGCCCGCCGAGGCCGCGCCCCAGAACAACUCCCCCGUCGCCUCGGGCGAGUCCUCGACCACCCAGCAGUGGGGCAACAACUGCGCCGGCGCCACCCAGCAGUUCACAAAGUGCAUGGACGAGCACGGCGGCAACAUGCAGAUCUGCAACUGGUACCUCGAGCAGCUCAAGGCCUGCCAGGCUGCUGCCAGCCAGUACUAG